AUGCAUUUAUCAGCUUUGAGAUUGACAGCAAUUUAUCGACUGUCUGUUUCCACUUGUUUUCCAGCGCAACAACAAGACUUUCUCAAUUUUUUGAUUAAACGCAAUAUGUCUACUACUUCCAGUCCAAAUUCAGCGAGCAAUCGUGUUCUUACCGUGGAUACAAUCAAUCCUAACGUGAUAACUAUGGAGUACGCAGUUCGUGGGCCUAUUGUUAUUAGAGCUGUUGAAUUGGAGAAGGAAUUGGAAAAUGGAGCAAAGUUGCCCUUCGAUAGAGUGAUUAAAGCCAACAUUGGGGACGCUCAUGCAAUGGGACAAACACCAAUUACUUUUAUUAGGCAAGUAAUUGCGUGUACAACUGAUCCUUCUUUGUUAAAGACUAAUUUGUAUCCAGAAGAUGUUAAACAGAAGGCUUUGAGUCUGUUGGGUGCUUGUGGAGGAGGGAGUGUUGGUGCCUAUACUCAAAGCAAUGGAAUCGAACUUAUCAGAAAACACAUUGCCCAGUUCAUUGAAAGACGUGAUAAAAUUCCUUGUGAUCCCGACAGUAUUUGCAUUUCUGGCGGUGCUUCAGAAGCUAUUCGGAAUGUUCUCAAAUUAUUUAUUCAUCACGAUUCAUCAAAAAAGAAGGCAGGAAUAAUGGUCCCAAUACCUCAAUAUCCUCUUUAUUCUGCUUCCAUUGAAGAAUUCAAUCUUGGACAAGUUGGGUAUUUUUUGGAGGAAGAAAAGAAUUGGGCUUUGGAUUUGGAAGAAUUGGAACGUUCAUUAAAAGAGCAUCAAACAAAAUUUGACGUCAAAGUAAUUGUAGUAAUUAAUCCUGGCAAUCCAACUGGACAAGUUUUAACAAAAGAAAAUAUUGAAAAUAUAAUUAAAUUUGCUUACAAAAAUAAUUUGUUUAUUUUUGCGGAUGAGGUUUAUCAAGAAAAUGUUUAUGCAGAAGGAGCAAAAUUUUACAGUUUUAGAAAAAUUAUGAAAGAAAUGGGAAGUCCGUAUGAUAAAUUGGAGCUAGCGAGUUUUUAUUCGUGCUCAAAGGGUUAUAUGGGAGAAUGUGGCUUACGUGGUGGUUAUGUACAAUUUGAUAACUUUGAUCCCCAAGUUUAUGUCCAUUUUAAAAAGAUGAUUUCUGCAAAGCUUUGUUCAACUGUGCUGGGACAGAUAGCUAUGGAUUGUAUUGUUGAUCAUCCACAGCCUGGUGAUCCUUCAUAUAAUCUUUGGUUUGAGGAAAAGAACGCAGUUUUGUCUUCCUUAAAUCAACGUGCCAAAUUAGUAACUGAAUCUUAUAAUAAAAUUGAAGGUGUUCAUUGUCAACAAGUCCAAGGAGCAAUGUAUGCCUUCCCUAAAAUUUGCCUUCCUGAAAAAGCAAUAAAAGAAGCUCAAUUACUUGGAGAACAACCCGAUUUUUUCUAUGCAAAAAAAUUAUUGGAGGAAACUGGGAUUUGUAUUGUUCCCGGCUCUGGCUUUGGUCAACGUCCCAAUACUUGGCAUUUUCGAACUACAAUAUUACCCCAAAUUGAAUUAUUUAAUGAAAUGCUGGUUCGGUUCAAAACUUUUCAUGAACGCUUUUUGGCUAGGUAA